GGGGGCUCGGGCUGGGGGCGCGGUCUGCGCCGGCCGCCCCACCCUCCCCGCAUAAAAGGCCGAGCCCGCGGGGCGAGCGCUCUCAGCCGGUCCGUUCCGCAGCGCCUUCGCGGUGACCCCGCAGUGGGUGUGUGAGGGGAGGACGGACAGACCCGCCAGACGCCACCGGACCAGGGAGAAGAAGCCAACGAGGCACCAUGCGCGAGAUCGUGCACAUCCAGGCGGGCCAGUGCGGCAACCAGAUCGGCGCCAAGUUUUGGGAGGUCAUCAGUGAUGAACAUGGUAUCGACCCCACUGGCAGUUACCAUGGAGAUAGUGAUUUGCAGCUGGAGAGAAUCAAUGUAUACUACAACGAAGCCACUGGUAACAAAUACGUUCCUCGGGCCAUCCUGGUGGAUCUGGAGCCGGGCACGAUGGACUCGGUCAGGUCUGGACCAUUCGGCCAGAUCUUCAGGCCAGACAAUUUUGUGUUUGGCCAGAGCGGAGCCGGAAACAACUGGGCAAAGGGCCACUACACAGAGGGAGCCGAGCUGGUCGACUCGGUCCUGGACGUGGUGAGGAAGGAGUCGGAGAGCUGUGACUGUCUCCAGGGCUUCCAGCUGACCCACUCGCUGGGGGGCGGCACGGGGUCCGGGAUGGGCACCCUGCUCAUCAGCAAGAUCCGCGAGGAGUACCCAGACCGCAUCAUGAACACCUUCAGCGUCAUGCCCUCGCCCAAGGUGUCGGACACGGUGGUGGAGCCCUACAACGCCACCCUGUCCGUGCACCAGCUGGUGGAGAACACGGACGAGACCUACUGCAUCGACAACGAGGCCCUGUACGACAUCUGCUUCCGCACCCUGAAGCUGACCACCCCCACGUACGGGGACCUCAACCACCUGGUGUCGGCCACCAUGAGCGGGGUCACCACCUGCCUGCGCUUCCCGGGCCAGCUGAACGCCGACCUGUGCAAGCUGGCCGUGAACAUGGUGCCCUUCCCGCGCCUGCACUUCUUCAUGCCAGGCUUCGCGCCGCUCACCAGCCGCGGCAGCCAGCAGUACCGCGCGCUCACGGUGCCCGAGCUCACCCAGCAAUGA